AUGGAUGAUGUAAAUGAAGUUAUUGUAAAUGGGGCGCUAGAAACCGAUUUUAAUCUUAUUGGGACGAUAGCAAUAUUAGUAACCAGCACGAUUAGUAAUUUGUCAGUUAUCGUGAUGUUUUGGUUUAUUAUAAGCAAAAAUCAUUCUUCAAUACAUGGCGUAGUUAAAAAAUUAGUAUUGAAUCUAUUUUUAUCCGAUUUUAUACAGUCUUUGGGAUUCAUGUUAAGCUAUAAUUGGGUCAAAAGGGGGAUAAUAGAACAAGGAAUUUAUUGCGAUAUACAAGGUUACCUCAUCAACUUAGGGGACGUAUCCUCGGGAUUUUGGGCAUUCAUAAUAUGCUUACAUACUUACAUGGCCGUGAUCGAUUAUAAAUGUCCACAUUUAGUAUUACUGUCCAUGAUAACCAUAUGGCCGUUCAAUAUCCUAAUAUCGGCUUUAGGUUUCGCAAUUCAAGUUUCUCCCGAUAACGGUAAAAGAUUUUAUGGUAGCGCGGGCGGUAGUUGGUGUUGGAUUGAUAAAGAAUAUCAAGAGUAUCGAAUUGGUUUUCAUUACGGUAUCAUCUUACUCAUUGCCUUGGCCAUGAUCAUCAUUUAUGCCAUCAUGUUUGUGAUAUUGCACAGGCGUCAACGAACAAAUGAAGCGAGAAUUUACAAAAAGGAUAUACAGCGUGCGAAUAAGAAGAUCGUUUGGUAUCCUGUCGUUUACAUUGUUCUCGUAUUUCCAUUAGCCCUUCAACGUAUCGUUGGUCUUGCUUCCCAUAAUUCAAAUGUUUGGUCCACUGAUUAUUUAAUUCCAGCGGCAAGUAUCUUUACGAGUGCAGGAUUUGUAAAUGCAUUAAUUUAUAGUAUAACACGCAACCUCGUAUCUGUUAAAUCUGUGGUAUCCAUGGUGCCCAAGAUUCGCCGAUUCACUACCAAUUACUCAUCAGCAACGACUAGUUCGUUCUUUUGUGACUCAAUGUCUGGAAUCCCAACCGAUAUGGAUCCCAAGUCAAUCAUCUCAAUUGCAGUCACACAGCCGAUGCGAAUAAGUUUUAUGAACCACCCGACGUUUAUUGAAUGUGAUGAUGUAUCGAGUUCUAGCGCGGUAACUCUGGAAAGUCUUACCCAUUCAAAUGAUCCAUUAAACAGUCAUGAUCGAAAUUACUCUAGUUCAUCGGAUUCGAUCUCUCCCGUUUGA